AAGGCCCUCGGCAAUUAUUAACUGGUUCUGAUCCGGACUAGGCUCUCAGCUCUACUUUGCCGUGGGAUGAUUUCAUUCCUGACAAAAUGCGCAUCAGAUAUCUUGGAUUUGCUCUUCUGACUUGGUUUCCUGGAGUGCUUCAUGGCGGAGGAACUGGACCAGUCAGCAACUGUGGAAAACCUCCCAUAGUUCCUAAUGGUGAAGUUGUGGAAACGAAUCGACUGUUUUUGAAGUACCGAUGCGGUACCUUUUACGAACUAAUGGGUCCAGAGACAGUGGAGUGUUACAGCGAUGGCACGUGGUCAGAAGUACCCACCUGCAGAGCUGCAUACUGUGCUGUGGACACUGAUGAAUAUCCUGACUUAAAACAUGCUGGAGUUAAAUAUAUAAAAGAUGGUGAGAGUUUGAGAUUCGAAUGCGUGGAUCUCUGGUUGGUAACUAAUUAUUCUGAGGGCCGGUGCACUGAUGGAAGAAUGACGUUUACCAGAUGUUGUAACAAGUUUCAACUAAACACGAAUAUUUGCUAAGGCUGUAUCACCGAGGGGAAGACGCUGCUGCCUCUGGACUCGCUCACCACCGGCUGAAAACAAAUGCCAGCCUGGAAACUUUUGAGAGACAACCAAGUUAUAUUGAUCUAUGCAGGCCUACAUAAUGUAGGAGCAAAUUGUAUGUCUGUAUGCUCAAAGCUGCAAAAGUAACAAAUAUGGUGUGUAUUUGAUGGACUUGCCUGAAUAAAGUCUUCAACUGGAAUUUCAACACUAA